AUUUAUAUAAUGAAGUCACUGUCCAAAUCAAGAUCCUUGUCUGGUUCGUCAUAGGGGCUGGUAUUAAAUGCCUUUAGAUAAGUAAUGGUUAUCAGUUUUUAGGGUGUGUUCAGGGUUUCUAUGCACUUAAAUAAUUGAUCCCUCCUUUCUUAAGUAAUUUAUUGUUUUCUAGCGUCAGCUUGGAUUCAGUCUUAUCUCCAUGGAGAUUUAUAACACAGAACUUAACACUUUGCUGUCCUUAUUCCUCAAUCUAAAUGGUGGCUACAAUACUAAAGCUUUUUUAUGCUGAGCCCUUUAUGUUUUUAAAAGCUAUAAAAAGUCUUAAUAUACCGUCAACCUCCAGGAAAUGAAGGAGCAUUUGUCUUGAACUUAAAUGUGCACUUUGAAACCUCCUGCUGGCUGCUCCUAUGUUUUCAUAAUCAAUGUAUGCAACAUCACAGUCACUUAUGAAAACAACUGCUUAUAUGACACCCAAGCAAUUACAUUGCAGUCCAGUAUCUGUUCACUGAGACUAUGUAAAUGAAUGUAUCCUCUAGAAUCUCACAGUUUUACUGCUUAACAGCCACUCUGACUCAAAUAAUAAAGCUGUCCUCUGGUACCAUCUUCCCCUUGCGUGAAAAGUCCAAAAGGCACAUGUUGUGCGUGGUUAAUGGAUAGGGUUUUUUUUUUUUGAUAAGAUGCACAGCAUUUCAGAUUUCACAUAUUAAUGUCUCAAACCACCAAGAAUCUCUUGGUUUUGAAGUCCUUGCCUAACUAGUGAUUUGCUGCUUACUUUGUUUGCAGUACAGCACAUUGGAAACUUAAAGAGUGAAUCUCUCAGACUGGUGAUGACGUCCAUUCACAGCCCUCAGUGGUUGAUGGUGAAAAUCAGCACACAAUGGAGCAAAGUCUAGGGGCCAUAAAGAGAUGAAAACUAGGGACACUUCCUUGUUGCUGUCACACAAGCGGAUGGAAAAAGUAUUUCUGGACACGUAUGACUUUUAAUUCCUUCUUGGAACUGGUCAGCAAGGGUGUGUUGUCCCCGGUUGCCAUUCAUCAAAGUCAUAGUUUUUAGCCGUAUACGCUUUGAUGAGGGUUACAUUUCCAACCGGUUAAUUUAAGUGCCUUUAUAUUUAUUUAAGUGCCUUUUUUUGGUUUUUAAUUUUAGUUAGAUGCCUGUGAUACAAAAAGGAUUGUCCAAAUGGUGAUGUUAAAAAAGGGGGACCACUUCUGGAUUGACUCCAGUAUUGGGGUCCCUAUUGGAGGGUGUGUGAAGAUCUCAGAGAGUGGACGCUAUUACCUGACUGAUGAUGAAGGGAAGGACCACUUUAUCUCGGAGGGAGAGAGGGCCAGUCUUAAGCCUAUGCACCCCACCUCAGUAGAGGGUGUGGAUGACAUGAUCAGACUGGGAGACCUCAGUGAAGCUGGUUUACUCAGAAAUCUGCUGAUGCGCCACAGACAGGGUAUUAUAUAUACCUAUAUUGGCUCUGUCCUAGUGGCAGUGAAUCCCUAUGAGAUGCUGCCCAUCUACACAGCUGAUCAGGUGCACCUGUAUCACAAGCGUAAGCUGGGCGAGCUCCCACCACACAUCUUUGCCAUUGCUGACAGUUGUUACUUCAACAUGCGCCGCAAUAACCGCAACCAGUGCUGCAUUAUCAGUGGAGAAUCUGGUGCAGGAAAGACCGAAAGCACUAAACUGAUUCUUCAGUUCCUGGCUGCUGUGAGCGGGCAGCACUCCUGGAUAGAGCAGCAGAUCAUACAGGCCAACCCUGUCCUGGAGGCCUUUGGGAAUGCCAAAACCAUUCGCAAUGACAACUCCAGCAGAUUUGGGAAAUAUGUGGAGAUCUUCUUUAAUAAACAAGGUGUUAUAGAGGGAGCUCACAUGGAGCAGUACCUGUUGGAGAAGUCUCGUGUCUGUCAUCAGGCACCACAAGAAAGGAACUACCACAUUUUCUAUUGUAUGUUAUCUGGGAUGCAAAGUGAGCAUAAGAAGACUCUCUCCCUUGGUAAUGCAUCACAGUUCAAGUACCUGACUGAGGGGGAUUGUUUGACAUGUGAUGGUCGGGACGAUGCUGAUGAAUUCGGACGGAUUCGCGCUGCUCUAAAGAUCCUCACUUUCUCAGACAAGGACUGCUGGGAAAUCUUCAAAUUACUGGCUGCCAUUCUCCACAUGGGCAAUAUCAACUUUCAGGGCACUAUAAUAAAUAACAUGGACAGCUGUGACGUUCUGUCAUCAAAUAAUUUUUCUGUCUCUGCCAAGUUGUUGGAGGUAGAAGAUGCAGUUCUUGAAAAGAGUCUUACCUAUCGCUCCUUCAUGACAAACAGAGAGAUAGUCGCCAAACCACUCAGCUCAGAGCAGGCCACAGACACCAGAGAUGCUUUUGCCAAGGCCAUGUACGGAAGGCUGUUUGUUUAUGUUCACAAAAAUAACAGCGCCAUUCACAAACCCCAGACUGAUGAGUCCUCUUACACGCGCAAGUACAUUGGACUGCUUGACAUUUUUGGCUUUGAGAAUUUCCCUCAGAACAGUUUUGAGCAGCUGUGCAUUAAUUAUGCCAAUGAGCACCUGCAGCAGUUCUUUGUGAGACACGUCUUUAAGCUGGAGCAGGAUGAAUAUAGUAAAGAAGGCAUCUCAUGGAAGCGCAUUGCUUUCAAUGACAACCAGAAAACCCUGGACCUGCUGGCCGUUAAACCUCUCAACAUACUGGCUCUGAUUGAUGAAGAGAGCCACUUCCCUAAGGGAACAGAUGCCACAAUGUUAAACAAAAUGAACCAAGAACACAAUGGGAACAAACUGUACAUCUCAUCCAAGAGCAAACAUGGCAUGCAUUUUGGGAUUCAGCACUUUGCUGGGCUGGUUCAUUACGACUGUGAAGGUUUUUUGGAGAAGAACAGAGAUGCCCUGAGCAUGGACAUGAUGGAGCUGGUUCGGAAAUCUUCCAACAAGUUGCUCAAGCACAUCUUUGAGAAGGAGAUGAAUACAAACUCAGUCAAGAAUGCUAACAAAGCCAACAAGAUCCUCAUGACGCCAAAGAACUCAUUACGUCAAGUAAAUGAUUCGAGGCGGCAGAUAUCUACUCUGAGUGGCCAGUUCCGUCAGUCUCUGGACUCUCUGAUGAAGGCCCUGUCUCUUUGUCAGCCUUUCUUCAUACGUUGCUUCAAACCAAAUGACAAAAAGAUGUCCAUGGUUUUUGAUAGAGAGCUCUGCAUGCAGCAACUUCGCUACUCUGGAAUGCUGGAGACCAUUAGAAUACGCAAGUCGGGAUAUCCCAUCCGGCACACCUUUAAAGAUUUCCUGUACCGCUAUCGUGUGCUCCUGAAGACUGUAGAUUGUGACCCCAAAACUGAGCCUCCUUCCAGCUGCUGUGCAGCCAUCUGCAAGGCUAUGAUCAAAGAAGAAGAGGACUGGAAGAUUGGCAACACCAAAAUCUUUCUCAGGGAUCAUCAUGAUUCCUACCUAGAAAUGGCGAGAGAGCAAGAGCUUUAUAGGAAGGCACUUAUCAUCCAAAGAGUGAUGCUUGCCCAUAAGGACAGAGCAGCUUUUGUAAAGAAGAGGAGGGCAGCUCUGGUUUUGCAGAAAAACUGGCGUGGCCACAGAGACAGGAAAGACUUUUGCAAACUCAAGCAGGGAUUUGCUCGGCUGCAGGCGAAAGUGCGCAGUCGGCAGCUCCAUACAGAGUAUAAGCGCAGGCGGGCUGCAACCAUCACUCUACAAACACAGACCCGUGGCUACCUCGCCAGGAAAGACCUGAAAUGUAAAAAAAAGGCAGUGAUACUUCUGCAGACACAGACCAGAGGACUGCUGGCCAGGAAAACCCUCAAGAGAAUGAAAUCAGAUGUGAGUUUAUAG